UGUCGAAGAGGUAAGUACCGCCAAAAGGGGAACAUAUCCAACGGCCGGAAACUUCCUAAACCAUGGAGCAAUCUCUUCUGUCUUCCUUCCGUGCGAACUCAACUCAACUCACUGAGUCGAGUACAGUCGAGUACAGUCGAGUCAUCCUCUUUCCUUUCCACUCUCUUCCUCUCCUACUUUCUUUCUCUACCUCUUCGACCUUCUGUCCUUUUUCGUCUUUUCACCUCUAGUCCCCAUCCGACGUCUCCCAUUUCUCCACGUCACCACCGUCUUCUUCACCCUCCCUUCCCUUCCUCGGUCUCUUUCUAUUUUAUUUUAACUCUCUAGGGUUUCUCAGAUUUAAUCCAAUUCUAUGUCCUUUCUCCGCUCCUUAAUUUUCUUCGAUCAGAAAAAAACGAAGAAAUUUCCAAAUCCUCAAUUCGUCGGCUCUGUCAAUCUCCUCACCAGAUAUUCUUCAUACCCAGGUAUUUGAUGAAUUGGCGCUACAUUACGAAAAGUUGAAAAUAUUUUUUUAUAAACAUUUGGUUGAAUUGAGGAUUGGAUUUUUGUUUGUUUAUGAGGGGUUUUAUAUUAUGAUGGCUAUUGAGAAGAAUAACUUCAAGGUUUCACGGGUUGAUUCGGAGUUUUCGCCUGGUAGUAGAGAGACAACUGUGUCAAGUGAUGAGGAUGAGCUUCAACGUCAAAGCUCAGUUGUUGUUUCUGAUGGAGAUGAUGAUGGUGGUGGAUUCGAUGAUGCUGAUUCAGGGACAGAUUCGGACGACUAUGAUUUACUGGAAUUAGGUGAAACAGGGGCUGAAUUUUACCAAGUUGGGAACUGGUCUUGUUCUGUUCCUUAUGAGUUGUACGACCUUCCUGGAUUGGAAGAUAUUUUAUCUCUUGAUGUGUGGAAUGAGUGUUUAAGCGAUGAGGAAAGAUUUAGUCUUACUAAGUUAUUACCCGACAUGGAUCAGGAUACAUAUAUGUGGACAUUGAAUGACCUUCUUAAGGGUUAUAAUUUUCAUUUUGGAAGCCCUAUUAAGAAGUUAUUUGAUAUGUUCAAAGGAGGGUUGUGUGAACCAAGGGUUGCACUUUAUCGAGAGGGCUUGAAUUUCUUUCAGAAGCGGCAGCAUUACCAUCAUUUGAGGAAACAUCAGAAUACUAUGGUUGUCAAUCUUUGUCAAAUAAGGGACGCUUGGGUUAACAAGUGUAGGGGAUAUAGUAUUGAGGAGCGGCUUCGUGUUUUGAAUAUUAUGAGAAGUCAAAAGAGUUUGAUGCAUGAGAAAUUGGAAGACGAUGAUUCUGAAUCCUCCAAAAGAGAGGAUUUGGUUGAUGGAUUGUGGACCAAAACGGUUAAGGAUCGGAAGGCUUCGCAGCAAAUGGCUCGGUACUUUGACUCUGAGGUUGAACCGAAUUUGGAAUUCAUUUCCCAAGGACAGCUGACGGCUUUGGAACCUUCAAAAUAUGGGAAGCUGAAUCCAAAAGAUAAACUCAGAACAGGUGGGUCAAAAUUUCCUACUGCAAAAGAGUUCGGGAGCAGCGUUUACCCUGAUUUGGAUAUGAAUUCUGAGCCAUAUGAUUUUCUGGGAACUCUUCCUCGACAGAAAUAUAAGUCGGGGGCAGUAUACAGGCGAAGGGAUUGGAUGAGGUUGGAUGAUGAAGCUGAAGACCCGAUGUUCGGAACAGGUAUUCAACGAGACCGAAAUGCUGUGCGUGACAGCAUCAUGGGAAAAUCCGGUUCGUUGAGAGCAGGGGAAAAAUAUGACCGUUUAAGAGCUCAAGAAUUAGCUAGUGAUAGUUCCUUGGCUUUACCUUUUUCUUCAAAGCAGGAGUUUCAGGCCUAUGGUAAGAACAGGAACAGGAAUAUGAGUCAAUUGUUGGAGGAAAAAGUGUAUACUUCAAACCCACCUAACACAAGAACAACCAGUGAUUUUGCCAAGAAGGCCAAGUAUGUGGAUGCUUCACCUGUGACAGGACCAUUAAAAGAUGAAAAAAUCUUCGGUAGAACUGGGAAGAAAGGAAAGAAGAGGACGGGGAAGGAGUAUGUGGCACAUGUUGAUGGAAGGGGUGCAGAUGGUAACCUGCAGUCUAAACUUCAGCAGCAAACUGAUGAUUCCCUUUUCUUAAAGAAGGGAAAACGGAAACUGGAGGUGUAUACUGGUACUCUUGAUAUCGAAACUUCUGAAGCUCAUGGUGCAGGAGUAGGAGCCUUAGAUGUGGAGAUGGAAGCCAAGCCACAAAAAAAGCCAUUUACGUUGAUUACCCCCACAGUUCAUACCAGUUUCUCGUUCUCAAUUGUGCAUCUUCUUUCUGCAGUUCGCUUGGCAAUGAUUAGUCCACUUCCAGAAGUUUCCUUGGAGGUUAGCAAACCUAGAGAGGAGCAGAAUGGACAGCAGGAAGGUGGUGUGAAUGGGAUUCAUUCUCGUGAAAAUGCAGUUAGCAAUAAUUUGGACCAUCCGGUGCAAGCAAGUGUGCCUUCUCUAACAGUUCAUGAGAUUGUUAGUCGUGUGACAGUGAAUCCUGGAGAUCCAUGUAUCCUUGAGACGCAAGAACCGCUUCAAGAUUUAGUUCGGGGCGUUCUGAAAAUUUUCUCAUCAAAAACAGCACCUUUGGGAGUAAAAGGUUGGAAGGCACUUGUUGCCUAUGAAAAGUCCACAAAAAGUUGGUCUUGGGUUGGUCCUGUUGUGCAUAGCUCAAAUGAUCAUGAGACUAUUGAGGAGGUGACAUCACCUGAAGCCUGGGGUCUUCCCCACAAAAUGCUGGUCAAGUUGGUUGAUUCAUUUGCAAAUUGGCUAAAAAAUGGUCAGGAGACUCUCCAACAAAUAGGGAGUCUUCCUGCACCACCACUUGAAUUGAUGCAAGACAAUUUAGAUGAGAAAGAAAGGUUUAGAGAUCUAAAAGCUCAGAAGAGCCUUAGCACCAUUAGCCCGAGUUCUGAAGAAGUGAGAGCUUAUUUCCGAAGGGAGGAGCUUCUUAGGUAUUCUAUUCCUGACAGAGCCUUCUUUUACACAGCUGUUGAUGGCAAAAAAUCAAUCGUUGCUCCCUUGCGAAGGUGUGGAGGUAAGCCUACUUCAAAGGCUCGAGAUCACUUUAUGCUGAAACGUGACCGUCCACCACAUGUUACUAUUCUUUGUAUUGUGAGAGAUGCGGCUGCCAGAUUGCCUGGAAGUAUCGGCACUCGUGCGGAUGUUUGUACUUUGAUAAGAGACUCUCAAUACAUUGUUGAAGAUGUCUCUGAUGCACAAGUUAAUCAGGUUGUUAGUGGGGCCUUAGACCGUUUGCAUUAUGAACGUGAUCCUUGUGUACAAUUCGAUGGAGAGAGGAAAUUGUGGGUUUAUUUACAUAGAGAAAGAGAAGAAGAAGAUUUUGAGGAUGAUGGUACUUCAUCUACGAAGAAAUGGAAGAGGCAGAAAAAAGAUACCAUGGAACAAACUGAUGAAGGAGCUGUAACCGUGGCUUUCCAUACAACCGGGGAUCAGUCAGGCGUAGAAUUGGGCUCUGAUCUUAUUGCCGAACCUCUGUGCAUUGAUGGUGGUAAAAAGAUGGAGACAGAUUGUGACGAUGGACAAAAUAUGGAGUUUAAUGCUGACAUUGAUCACGGGUCUGAGCUAGGUAACAGUCAACAUGGUCAUCCUGAAAGCAAUUUGUUACGUCAAGAAAAUUCCACUAACGAUGAAUUUGAUGACGAGGCAUUUGGGAGAGAGAGGCGGGUCGGACUCCAGAGUGCAAGCUGAUCAUGAUCAACAUUUCAGGUAGUUCUCCAAAGUUGUAUGAAAUAUUUAUGGUGCAGAGAUAUAUUAAUUUUGGCUGGCUGCUUGAAUUGUAAAGCUCCAUAACCAUUUUCUCCACU